AUGGUUGAUGCUGCCAACUAUGGAUGGCACGAUUCUAAUGAUUUGCCAAGCAAGCAAAUAGUAGAAAGCAAGAUACUUCCUUGGGACUCCAUCUCAAAGAAAUUCACAGCUACUGAAGAAGUAUGGCAAGAUUACUUUAAGUCCCACCCAAGUCAAGUGCAUCUUCAAAGAGAAACAUUUGCAGACUAUGAGGAUUUGGUAAUUGCAAUUGGCAAUGGAACGACUACUGGGAAAAACUCAAUUGGACUUGGUGAUGAUACCGAUGCUAGAACGUACCAAGUUGGAGAAAGUAGACCUACCAGAUUGCAGGAUACCAAUGAGGCAUUUGUACCAAGUCAAAAUGAAACGCCAUACCAAACUUUGUCAUCUGGUAAUUUUACUUCAUCACCUUUUCUAGACACAAAUUUGGAGGCUCCAUUAGAAAAGCUCUCUCCAAGAAAGAAACUAAAACCGAGUCUGAAGCAAAUACUAAGUUCAGUUGAGACCAUAACUCGAGAUGAGCUGGUUGUACAUCUCAUAGGUCCGUCCCUGGAUGCUAUCAAGGAGACUCCAAACUUGGAUAAUCGUGCUCGUUACAAAGCGCUUGGGCUGGUUCAUAAGUUGGGAAUAAAAAAUGUGUUCCUGAGAAUGUUACUUGAGGAGCACUUAGAAUGGAUACUAUACAAUAUGGAAUGA